CAGAAUUACCAAGUGUUGUUUUUAGCCUAAGAAAGCUUCAAUGGAAUUAAUCUUUAAGGCUGAAAAAUUAUGAUUUGCUGCCGCUCCUUGUAGUAUCAUUAAUUAAACUAUUUCAUGCGCUUUUAAUAUGGCAGAAAAUAAAGUUAUCCGGUAUGAAAAGAUAUCCUUUCUUGGCGAAGGACAGUUUGCUACUGUGUAUAAGGCAAGAGAUGUCACGAAUGAUAUGAUUGUUGCCGUCAAGAAAAUUAAAGUUGGAAGUAGAACAGAAGCUAAAGAUGGUAUCAAUCGUACUGCUAUAAGAGAAAUCAAAUUCUUACGCGAUCUCAAACACCCGAAUGUCAUUGGCCUGUUGGAUGUUUUCGGCAGUAAAUCAAAUGUAUCUCUUGUGUUUGACUUCAUGGAUACUGACCUCGAAAUCAUAAUUAAAGAUUCUCAAAUUGUAUUGACGCCUAGUCACAUUAAAGCUUACAUCAUCAUGACUCUUCAAGGACUGGAAUAUCUGCAUGCUAACUGGAUUUUGCAUCGCGAUCUUAAGCCUAAUAAUUUACUCAUCAACAGUGAAGGAAUCCUGAAAAUUGGCGAUUUUGGCUUAGCCAAAAACUAUGGCUCACCUAAUAAAGUAUAUUCUCACCAAGUAGUCACUCGUUGGUACAGAUCGCCAGAGUUAAUAUUUGGUGCUCGGAUUUAUUCCACUGGCGUUGAUAUGUGGGCUGUUGGCUGCAUUCUAGCAGAGCUUCUUCUUAGGGCACCAUUUCUUCCAGGAGAGACAGAUCUUGAUCAACUUAAUCAAAUUUUCAAAGUUCUUGGAUCCCCGUCUGAGGAAGAUUGGCCUCACGUAUCUACAUUACCACAUUUUGUUCAGUUUAAGCCUAUGCCUGCCAUACCAUUCCGCGACAUAUUCACUGCUGCAGGGGAUGAUUUGAUCAGAGUUCUCGAGAGGAUGUUGGCUUUGAACCCUCUUAAACGCUGCACUUGUAAAGAAGCUUUGAAAAUGGCAUAUUUUAGUAACAGGCCUGCACCAACACCUUGUUCGCAGUUGCCAAUGCCGAGCGGAAAUACUCUUUUAAGUGAUGACAUAGGUCCGAGUAACACAUUAAAGAGGAAAAUGGCCGCUGAAUCGGACUCUACCUCAUUUGCCAAAAGACUUAGUUUUCAAGAAAUGUUUUAAAAAUGAAGCUGUUGUCAAAAACAUUUUUCUAUCGAUGUUUUUUCAGCCAAGUUUUCAAAAUAUAAUUUGUUACUUUCAUUGUGUUUUGAAUGAU